CCGGUGCCGGUGCCGGGGCGCGGGGGCGGCCGGAGCGGGGCAGCGGCAGAGCCCGGGGGAUGGCGGGCCUGGGAGCCCCGGAACCGGGCAGCGGCCCCGGCCCCGUCCCGGCCACCCGGGUGGAGCUGACGGUGUCCUGCAGGCAGCUCCUGGACAAGGACACCUUCUCCAAGUCAGACCCACUCUGCGUGCUGUACACCCAGCGUCCCGGCAGCAGGCAGUGGUGGGAGUUUGGCCGGACCGAGGUCAUCGACAACUCCCUGAACCCCGACUUUCUGCGCAAGUUUGUCCUCGACUACUUCUUCGAGGAGAAGCAGAACCUCCGCUUCGACCUGUAUGAUGUGGACUCCAAAAGCCCUGACCUCUCCAAGCAUGAUUUCCUUGGCCAGGCCUUCUGCACGCUGGGUGAAAUCGUGGGCUCAGCUGGCAGCCGUCUGGAGAAGCCCCUGACGAUGGGGACGGUCACCACACACACCCGGGGUAGGAGACCCGCUCCAGCCAUCUCCAACGGCGGUAUCCCCGGGAAGAAGUGCGGCACCAUCAUCCUCCUCGCUGAAGAGCUGGGCAACUGCCGGGAUGUGGCCACGCUGCAGUUCUGCGCCAACAAGCUGGACAAGAAGGAUUUCUUCGGCAAAUCCGAUCCCUUUAUGGUCUUCUACCGCAGCAACGAGGAUGGGACCUUCACCAUCUGUCACAAGACGGAGGUGGUGAGGAAUACGCUGAACCCGGUCUGGCAGGCGUUCGCCAUCCCAGUGCGCGCCCUCUGCAACGGCGACUAUGACCGAGCCAUCAAGGUGGAGGUGUACGACUGGGACCGCGAUGGCAGCCACGACUUCAUCGGGGAGUUCACCACCAGCUACCGGGAGCUGGCGCGAGGACAGAGCCAGUUCAACGUCUACGAGGUGGUGAACCCCAGGAAGAAGAUGAAGAAAAAGAAGUACCUGAACUCGGGGACGGUGACACUGCUGUCCUUCGCGGUGGAGUCCGACCACACAUUCCUGGACUACAUCAGGGGCGGGACCCAAAUCAACUUCACGGUGGCCAUCGACUUCACUGCAUCCAACGGGAACCCCUCACAGUCCACCUCGCUGCACUACCUGAGUCCCUACCAGCUCAAUGCCUACGCCAUGGCCCUCAAGGCGGUGGGGGAGAUCAUCCAGGACUACGACAGCGACAAGAUGUUUCCCGCCCUCGGCUUCGGCGCCAAGAUCCCACCAGAUGGCCGCGUGUCCCAUGAGUUCCCCUUGAACGGUGAUGUGGCCAACCCAGUGUGCAGCGGCAUCGAGGGUGUCCUGGAGGCAUACCACCGCAGCCUGCGCAGUGUCCAGCUCUAUGGUCCCACCAACUUUGCCCCCGUGGUCAACCACGUCGCACGCUCGGCUGCAGCAGUGCUGGAUGGGUCCCAGUACUUCGUGCUGCUUAUCAUCACCGACGGUGUCAUCUCCGACAUGGCGCAGACCAAGGAGGCCAUCGUCAACGCUGCCAAGCUCCCCAUGUCCAUCAUCAUCGUGGGGGUUGGCCAGGCCGAGUUUGACGCCAUGGUGGAGCUGGAUGGUGACGACAUCCGCAUCUCCUCCCGCGGCAAGGUGGCUGAGCGUGACAUCGUGCAGUUCGUCCCCUUCCGUGACUACGUGGUGGGGGGGGACAGCCCGGUGCUGAGCAUGGCCCGCCUGGCCAAGGACGUGCUGGCCGAGAUCCCCGACCAGUUCAUCUCCUACAUGAAGGCUCGGGGCAUCAAACCCCACCCUGUGCCCCCCAGCCCCGACCCCCCCAGCCCCCCAAUGCCCCCCCAGCCCUGAGCACACCUGGCUGGUACCCUGCAUCUGCCCCCCCCAACCCCAGGGCUCGGAUGUUUUUCCCUGAGUCCCCCCUUUCCUUUCUCAAGGGAUAAAAGGCAGCAGGAGCUGAGACUUGGGGGGUUCCCCCCCUCCCCAGCACCCAUAAAUCACCUUUUUGGGGUCCCCGGGUGUGUGUGUGGGGGGGUGGAGGCACCUGUGCUGGUGUUGGCUGAGCAUCCUUGGCCAUGGUGGAUAUCCCCCCCCAAACAUCCAGCUGGGACCACCAUGGCCCAGCCCUGACCAGUGCUGAGGGCCGUAUCCCCGUAUCCUGCCCUCCCAAAAAGGAGCAGUGGGUCCCCAGCGCGCGCACGCACACGCACCCGCCCUGAGCAGAUAGGCAGCAGCACCCCCCCUCCCAGCCAUGGGGUCCCCCGGUGACAUUUGGAGCAUCCCCAUUCCCUGGGUUGACGCAUUCCCCCCCCCAGCCCCCUCACCGGCACCCCCAGUCCUCCCACAGCGAGUGCUGGCUGCCCCAGGUCCGUGUGUGUGCAUGUGUGUGCACGUCUGUGCGCGUCUGUGGGUGUCUGUGCGUGUGCGUCCUUCCACUUUUCUACUUGCAUGGACGGUCCCUCCCUGUGCCCCCCCCAUGCCGUGUGUGCAGCUGCUGUGGGUUUGUAUUGAGUGGCCUUAAGCCGGAAUAAAUGAUAGUCUUUUUAAUUACCGCUGCCCGGACCCCCUCCAGCAUCACCCCUGCAAAGGGUGUCACCCCCGCUGUCUGUGUGUGUGUGUGCAUGCGCCCCCCCGCCACAGAUCAGGGCACACAGCGUCCAUUUUGGCUUUAUUUCUAAUAACCCAAAUAUUGCAAAUAUACAGAAAAGUACCA